AUGCCGCUCCUCUCCGUGCAGUCGAGCCCCAGCGCGCGCUCGGAGGUGUCGGUGGAGAAGGAGGAGGGCUGCGAGUUCGUGAUGCUGGUAGCGGAGGAUUCGACCGACGGCUUCCCCUAUUUUAUGAAGAGAAGCAUGAUGGGACGCUCGACUGCCGCGCCGAUUCACCCCGAGUUGAUGGUUUUGCCUCCCGAAACGCUCGCGUUGAUGAGCGACUCGAUUGUGGUGCUGGACACGGAGCGCGAGAUCUUUAUCUGGAUCGGAACGGAGCGAUCGGAGGUCGACGCGGAUCCUUUGUAUGAUCACUGCGUUUCGCUGGCUCUGUCUAUGAACCAGGAGCGAUUCCCGCCGUCCAUUAUUCGGGUGGUGCGAGAGGGGUCGUCGAGUGCUCGGUUUGUGCUCAGCAAUUUGAUUCCUUCGCAUAAAGACCCGAUCGAAACGUCAUUUCUGUCACUUCCCUUUCUGGCGACGUUACCUCCACAGUAUUUGAGGCAACACUGUAAUAAAUUCCUACGAACGGACGAUAUGUCCUUCCGUGAAUAUAUGGUCAAAAUCUAUCAUUUUAAGUGCGGUGUUUGUUCUUGUGAUAAAUUUGUCUCCAUAAGCUUUUUGUGCUAUUAUUGA